GUUGCUCGGUGUAUUUUUAUUAGGCUAAAGUACACUGUGAGUGACUCCCCUCUAUGUUUCCAUGUAGUUGGUGAGUUUGGGUAUAAAGAUCCUCAUGCUGGUUCAGGCUCGCGGUCUCAUCUCGUCGGGUCGCCUCAGUAUCGGCAGUCUCGUCUCCUUCUUCUUGUACCAGAAGCCCAUGUCAAACAACCUAAAGGAGAUUAUGUAUAGUCUGGGAGACACCGUGUCCACAUUCGGAGUCAUUUCCAAAGUCUUCAGUUAUCUGGACAGAAAACCAAAGUGUAAGGCAGCCGGAGAGUUAGCGCCGGACAAGCUGGAGGGAAGAGUUGUUUUCCAAAAUGUCACCUUCAUGUAUCCCUCAGUGACUGACAAUAAACCAGCUCUGAAGGUAACUGUUUCACACACCGACACUGCAGGGUCGUUAUGUUUAACCCUUUAAAACCUGAGCA